GUGUUUGUUUUGGUCAAAUGACGUAUCAAACUGACAGCUCAGCGUCACAUGACUAAAAGUGGGCGUGUGCGUUCCUGACUUCCGGGAACAUGGAGGCCGUUGUGAGUGAUGUGGUGGAUCCUGAGGAUCUUCUAAAAUUUGAGAAGAAAUACAACAAUGAACUGGUGAAAGGAGCAGUGUCCAAAGAAACCAAGUUUGAGUAUGCGUGGUGUCUGAUCAGAAGUAAAUACUCAGAAGACAUUAAGAAGGGAAUAGUUCUACUGGAAGAACUUGUUCAGAAAGCCUCCAAAGACGACUCACGGGACUUCCUGUUCUACCUUUCGGUUGCCAACUACAGACUCAAAGAGUAUGAGCGAGCGCUGAAGUACAUCCGGACUCUUCUACGGAACGAACCGGGGAACAAACAGGCUCAGGAGAUGGAAAAACUCAUCGACAAAGCCCUGAAGAAAGAUGGCCUGGUCGGCAUGGCGAUCGUGGGGGGGAUCGGCCUGGGCGUGGCCGGGCUGGCGGGCCUGAUCGGCCUGGCGGUGUCGAAGGGAGCGGCCAAAUCCUAACGUGGAUGUUUUCAUUCUGCUGGACUGACUCACUGACACACACCCCCCCCCCCCAGUGUAACAAGGGAUAAGAGUUGCCAUGGUAACAGUAGCUGGAUUCAGUUUAGCGGCACUUUUUCAUUAACUGUAAAUAAAAUAAACACGAUGCAGCUUCAUUUAAUGUCGCGUUUGUUCAGACUAAACUUCCUCAGUUGGUGUUUUGUGAAGAAAAUCCUCCAUAAGUUUUGGUUCUGAAUGUGCACUGGCGAUGGUUGGAACAGGAAGUGUUACUGAUGCUGCAGGAAGUGGAACGGCGUCGCAGCGACUCCGACGUCCUGCUGACGGCGUCGAGGCGGAGUUUUCUCUGAGUUUGGAUUUGAUGUUUUCUCCCAUGUGUUCAGAGAGUUGAGUUUAAGGGACGCGACACAAUUAACCUGGAAUUAACCCCGUUAGUCAUUGACAGACAUUUACUACUGCAUCAUAUCACUGGUGUUUUCCAUCUUGGUGAAUAAAAAUGACUUUAAACUAAUAAAAGGGUUGUGAUUUAAAGUAA